AAAAAUACAGCAGCGACGGCCGUUGGGGGAAGAGAGUAAAUAGAGAGAAGCCUCAAGAUGGCUGACUCGCUGGGCUCCGUUCACCUCACUGGAGCUGCGGCUACUGCAGUAGCGCCCGCGGUUGCCUCCGCCAAAAGCCCGCUCGUCAAGCCGACCGAGGCGAAGGGAGCCCCUGACAACCGCUCUCAGUCUUCCCGGGAUUUCAACCCGCCGCCGCCCAAGAAGGUCCGAGUCGAGGAGAGGAGCGUUAAACCCAAGAAACUCAGCCGGGAAGGAGGAGUGGGAGGCAACGGUAGCGGCAAAGAGAAACUCCAGCAGCCCACGAAGCAGCAGAGUUAUGGCAGCAGCACGGGUUUGUGGAGCUUCAGUCCGGUUAAGGCGAGCGGCAACAACCCUCCGGUGCCUGAUACCGGCGGAUCCCAACCACCGACAAACACACACAAAGUCUUCAAACAGAGCGAUUUCUUCCUCCACAAAGCGCCUUCCUCCUCCAAACCCAAGAAACCGAGUAAAGAUAAACAGCGGGAGAAAGAGAGGGAGAAGGGGAAAGGAGGUGGAGAAGAGAAAAAGAAACAUAAACUGAUGUUGACCUCCGGGCCCGGGAGUAACGUUAGUAACAGCAACAACGAUAUUAGCAGAUUUAAUUACAUUUCUGCGGUGAAGAGAGAAAAUGGGGAGGUCAUGUUGCCACCCAAAGAGCACUCCACCAAGGACAAGGCAAAGGAGAGAGACAGAGAGGAGAGGGAGAAGAAGAAGGUCAAAGACAGAGAGAAAGAAAAGGAGAAGAAGAAGCACAAAGUGAUGAAUGAGAUCAAGAGGGAGAACGGAGAAGUCAAGCAGCCAAUUAAAGAUGAAAAAGAGAAAGCCAAGAUCAACUCAGAGGAGCUGCAAAUCAAAAAAGUCAAGAAGAAAAAGAAGAAGAAACACAAAGAGGGGGAGAAGCACAAGCGAGUGAAGAUGUACCACCGCUCUUGCCAAACCAUUUGUGCUGGCCUGCUUCUCCUCCCUCCUUCCUCUCCAUCUCCCACCUCUUCUUCCUCAGCCUCCAAUCCCACACAUAACUCCUCCCAUUCUCCAUUUAAGUCCCCGCUACCCGUUUACCCUUCCUCUAACAGUAAAACCUCACAUCUCCUGCCCUCCUCUCCUCCUCCUGCCUCAAAAUCCCUCUUUAACUCCUCUCUCCACAAUACUUCCAACUCUCCGUUGUCCUCCAUCAAAACAGCACUCCCCUCCCCGACCAAACAACAGCAGACAUGCACCUAUCCUGGUAUGGCAGGUUUGGAGUUUGCCCCAUACAUCCACAUAGAGAACCAGCCUAAUGGAGGGGCGCUGGUGGCCCAUGCCUAUACUUCACAGCUCUCCUCUCUUUCAAUGGGCCAGAGGCAAAGAUUUGCCCAGGAGUUUGUCAAAUUGGCAUUCAGCGAAGACUCAUCCCAGGCAGCUCAUUAUGUCAUGGGAAUCAUCCAUGGAGAAGCCAGCUACCUGCCUGAUUUCUUGGACUACUUCUCAACCAAGUUCCCAUCAGCUCCGGUCAAAAUGGAAAUACUGGGAAAGAAGGACAUAGAAACUACCACUAUGGCUAAUUUCUACUCUCAGGUGAAGAAAACAUACAGCCACGGUACAUACAGAGCCGGCGCAAUGAGACAGAUCAGCCUGGUGGGAGCUGUGGACGAGGAGGUCGGGAAUUAUUUCCCAGAAUUCCUCGGCAUGCUGGAGGAGUCACCCUUCCUGAAGAGGACUCUUCCGUGGGGAACGUUCUCCAGUCUGAGGCUGAUGAGUCCUACAGAGAGCGACGACGGUCCCAUAAUGUGGGUCAGACCAGGAGAACAGAUGAUACCUGUGGCUGAUAUACCAAAGUCCCCUUUUAAAAGAAAACGCUCGACCAAUGAGGUGAAGAACCUGCUGCAGUCGCUGCCCAGGACCAGCGAGCCCAGAGAGAUGCUAUUUGAGGAUCGGACUCGGGCACACGCUGAUCACAUCGGUCAGGGUUUUGAACGUCAGACCACUGCGGCCGUUGGGGUGCUGAAGGCUGUAUGCUCCGGAGAGGGCUCGGAGCCUCCUCGUGUAACCAAAGACGUAGUGUGUUUCCAUGCUGGUGAUUUCCCUUAUGUAGUUCAGAGGCUGCAGUUGGACCUACAUGAACCCCCACUGUCCCAGUGUGUGCAGUGGGUGGAUGAUGCCAAACUAAACCAGCUGCGCCGGGAGGGCAUCCGUUACGCUCGCAUCCGCCUGUGCCACGAUGACAUCUACUUCAUCCCCCGCAAUGUGGUCCACCAGUUCAAGACUGUAUCUGCUGUCUGCAGCCUGGCAUGGCACGUCCGCCUAAAGCAGUAUCACCAAGGCGAGGGAGAAGAGGAGGAGGAAGAGGAGGUGAAGGAAGAGCAAGAGGAGAAGCCAGGUGAGUUGAAGGAGAAGGAGACGGAAACAGCGGAGUUAGAGGAAAAAGAGGAAGAGGAGAGGAGGAGAGAAAAGAAGGUUGAGAAAGGAGUGAAGGAGAGGAUAAAAGAGGAGGAUGAGGAUGUGGACGUGGCAGAAAACAGGACGUUGCCAGCUGUCAAAAAGGAGGAACAGGAUCAUCAUCUUCCUCAUCCUCAUCCUCAUCCUCAACCUCAAACACAACCUCCACCUCUGUUGUCACAGCCUUCUCGCUCAGUAGACUUGAACGUGGGCAGUGCUGGAGAAGAAGAGGAGGAGACUGAGAGGGUAAAAGGAGGAGGAAAACCCAAACAGCAGGAUUCACCUUCUACUAGGGCGAAGACAGAACCUCCAGCUCCUCCUCUUUGCAAAAAUAAAUCACCUUCGCCUCUCCCUCUCUCCCCCCCUGCCUCUCUUCCUCUUCCUCAUCAGGACACAAAACCCAAAGCAUUAUCAAAGCCCCAUCACAAUCAUUACCCCCAUCACCAUCACUCAGACAGCAGAAUGACGUCUUCCAGUACAGCAUCCUCUUCCUCCUCUUCUACUUCUCAUUUGGAUCCAAAAUCCCCUCUUUCUCCAUCUUUUUCUAAGUCUUCCUCCUCUUCUGCUUAUUCAGCAGGAUCCACUGAUACUCCUUCACACUCCUCUUUUGCUGCUCCCAGUCCAUCUUCUUCUACCUCUUCUUCUGUUCCUGUUCUGUCCACAUCUUCUUCUGCUUCAACCCUUGCUACAUCUUCCCUGGCUAGUCCCAGGCCCACAGUGGACUGGCAUCUCUCCACACUCCCUUCUUCCACCGUCUCUUUAUCAUCCCAGCUGUCUCCCUCCUCUCAGUCAGACCAACCGAAGGACAGAGACUCGCUUCGUCUAAAGCCAGACGUUCAUUUAGACACACGGACACAAGUGCAGUCAGAGGUUCAAGCAUUACAGGGGUCGCCCGCUGUGGAUGUACAGAAACACACCUCCCAAGCUGACACACGGACACACACAGUGGCAGACACAUGGGAUCAAACGCCGGCGGACACACGGACGCAAAUGCUCCCAGAGAAAUGGACUCACAGUUCAGACUCGGAAUCCAGAACGUCGCUGGAUCCACAGAUACGUGCGCCACAGGACACUGGGAGGCAAGGGAUUUACAUGCAGCAAUACACACCCCAGCACCUCCCACCUCCUCACCUCCCUCAAAUGCUCCCCCCUUCCUUCUCCCCUCUUCUGCCACACUCCCACCUUCCUCAUAGAGCACCAAUCCUCCCCCCAAAUCCGCCACAAACACUUAACUCGUUCCUGAGUCAGAAACCAACAGCCCAUUCGGUUCACAUGAGCCAGCUUCACCUGCAUCCCCCACACCAACCAAAUAUUACCACCCAGUCUCAACCGUAUUACCAGCCUCCGCUAAUUGCCUCCCCGUCUCUACCAAACACUCCUCUCACCAGCUCCCAGUCUCUUCCUCCUCACCUUCCUCACCAUCACCAGUUUGCCAAAAGCUUCUUCCCUCCUCAGCACCCUCACUUCUCCUCUCACCCCUUCCUCCCCCCUCAGUCUUUCCUCUCUCAUCCCCCGAGCUCUUACCCGCUACAACCGCAGUACCAGACCUCAGCACCAACGCAGGUUCAGCUCUCUCUGUCACACUCUUUCCCCCAUCCCCCUCCUCCUCCUUCUUCCUCGCAGUCUCUGCCUCCCCCUCCUCCUCCUCUUCCACCUCCUCUCCCCCCUUCCCGUUCUGUCCUCUCCCCUCCCCCAAAGCACGAAGAGGAGCGAAGACAGAUUUUAUAGUCGUAUUUGUACAUAGUGAUGCUGUUUUUAAAUGACUGUAUAAGUACAAGGUUUUAUUUGGUUGUGCUGUUGUAAAACAUUGUAAAAAGGAAAUAACGGGGAAGAAAGUGGAGUGUAUCUGUAUGGACACAGUAUCGUAGUUUAUAAAGCAGAGUUGGAUUUUAUUUACCCCACACCUCUUGACUGGACUGGUUUAGACUGUACUGAUGCUUUGGUUGUGCUCUGGUUCAAAAAUAAUAAGCAGUUAUUGCAUGUACUGGUAGUUUUGGCCUUAAGUAAAGUAUGGGUGCACCAAAAUCUGACAUUGAAGAAGUCUGCCAAACUGCGGUCUGGUUCUGUUUUUUGAAGUGAGCGUAGCCCUUUUGAAAUUUCCGCAGACUUUGUGUCAGAUAUUUAUAUAAAAAAAACCCACAAGGAUGAUGUUUUUGUGAAACUUGCAGCUAAUGCUUCCAUUUUGUGGCUUUUUUGUAGUAUAUUUUUUGUGCCCAAGACUCCUUCCGGAGUAACGAUGGGUCAAGCUGAUAUUAUACAAUACACUCAUGUAUUGAUAUGAUAUCACUACAUUUUCUCUACUAUAUUGUAUCGAUAAAUCUUAAUCAAUACAGUAUAUUACAGAAUUUUUCCCUAAUAUUGUAUUUUGAGCAAUAAUGCUCCGCAAUAAGCUGUCGAAUAUAAUACUGUAUUUCACACCUAUUGAUAUGGUGACGUAAGUAUCAGUAUUUUUAAUCGAAUUUUAGAGUGAUUGAUACAAAGCCAGUAAUGUUCUCUUGAAUCAUGUUGCUUGAGACAGCAUCCAUGAAGAGUGAUUAAAUCUAAUUAAUAGGAGUCUUAUAUGAUUUUUCUAAUCAGGUGCAGUGUUUUAUUGCCCAAGAGGAAUAUUAGUGAAAUUUUUAGUGCUAUUAUAUUAAAGAAAAGCCCCAUUUAAAUCAUAAAUCAGCAUAGUAAGCUACUGUAUACAGCCAGUAGCACUGUAGUUAAUAACACCAUAAAAAGAGCUGCAUUUCAAGUAUUGAGAUUAUCUUGUACCUGUAGCCCUAAAUACCAGUGGCAGAAUUCUUAGCGAAAUAUUGCUGUAUUUUUCAGUGUCUGUUGGAUGUGUGCCAGGGUCUCCUAAUUUUGGAAACUGAGCUCUUGCUGGUCAGCCAAGGAAGAAUUUGACCUCAGGAAGUCUCAGGAAAAAAACUAUUCAGGACACAUCCAUGAAUAUAUUGGUCUUCUGAGAAAAUAAAAGCCCCCUAAAUCUUAGUCACUUGUUAAUACUGGAUCCACUGAUUUUACUGGACAGUAUAAAGUUUUAGGUAAUUGUUCAGGGUCAUGGAAAUAUUACUCUGUCUGCAACAUUAUAUUAGUACUAAGCAGCUACAUUAAGAGCUUGCCAUGACGUAACUUUAGAGGUAGAGCAAUAUCAUACAGAUUCCGUAUGUUAAGACUUCCCAAAUGUGACUCAUUACAGCACUUUGUAACAUGGAUAUGUCAACUGCUUUUUAAAUACAGUGUAUAUUAUUGAAAAAACUAUGGGUCAUGAAUCCCAGGUUAUGUAAGAUUAUCAACAGGGCAAUUUCAGGUUCCUCGAAGAUUUUAAUUUUAAUACGUUCAGGCCUCAGCAAUUCUGUGAUACAAUUUUUUUAGUCUUUAUGGACACAUGCUCUAAGACACUUUGAAAACAGAUGGUACACUGUCGAGAGUUCAUUCUCAAAGCACUAUUUAUCUAUUUACCUGAAGUCCAGUUUCUCUACAGUGUGGCACAUUCCGCCUAUAGAAAAAUGUUAUUUAUCAACCAGGGACUGAAGUGACCUCUUGUGUUUAAAAUAUUACAAUAAAUUAUUGAAAUUUUUUUUUAGCAACAACAGCUAUGAAGAGUAUGUUUCUCCAAGUGACCACAGUUGUGGAACUUUGUUGUUGAGAGAAACUUUUUUCUUUUUCUUUUGUCCUUGAUGUCUUGAUUUGACUCAAUCAAUAUUGGAGUACAGCCCAUUUGCUAAUGUAGCCCACAGCAUUUCCCCAGUGCCUGUCCAUAACUGUGAACUAAAUGGUCCGGAGCCAUACAGAGAAUGAGUUCUGUCCUUUAAGGGAAGUUUUUAGGAGUCCAAGUUUUAAGUUUUAACUGGAAAAUGAGAAAGAAGCUUUAAAUUGGUCUCUACAGCCACUGAAAACUCUCCAGAUAUCUGUGGUCUAAGUUGGGAUGGCUCAGUUGAAUGACAUCCUGAAAGCAGGGUUGUGUUUUUCAUAAUUAGUCUCACUGCAAUCCUGAGAUUCAGCUCUCUUGAUCAGUUUGCCCCCAAGGACUUCAUUUCGGAGGAAGAACUCUUCAAUGUGUGUCUCUGGGGAGAGCGAGGUGAUAAUUAAGCACUUCAUGCCAGUUGCAAGGCGCUCUGCAGCUCUUUUUAUGCUUUUGGGUUUUAGAUGAUAUGAAAACAUGACAGGAAUUUAUAUAUUUUUUGUACAAAUGGGACAAAAUUUAAGUUUGAAAACAAAAAAGUCUUCAGGGGCUAGCGUUUUCACAGAAUCUAUUUAUCUCAAGGUUUUGGUUUGGUCUUUUUUUUUUAUUUUUUUCUGUGAUUUUUAACUGUCAGCACUGUAGUGUACAUAAGACGUUUUGUAAAGAGGAAAAAAAAACUUGUAGUGUUGUUUCUACUUUAAAUCUGAGCCUAGCUAAUAAAAGGUUCAAUGUAUGAAAA